CUCGAUACAUCAAUACCCAGAAUUCUCCUCGGCCGCAUGCGCACUACACACUACGGCCCAAAGGCGUUGGUGGUUGGUGUCCGUACGAAGAUGCAUUGCGCUCCGGCAGCAUCAGUACCAGCUCCGCCGUGUUAUUGAACCAAAAAAACCGGGGAAAGGAGGAGAAAUACCGGCGGUGUGUGCGGCUCGAGCGGCGCCGGUACAUCUGAGCUGCGAGAUGGGAGACCAGAAGGAUUCUCUGCGUAAGAUCACCCACACGCUGACCUUGAAGAAUGAGGAGAUUUCAAACUUCGUCUGCACUCUCAAACAGAGCCUCGACAACUUGGAGGCAAACUCCAACAGAGUCCAGGAGGACCUGGAGUCUGAGUUCACCUCCCUCCACUCCGUUCUGGACGAGAUGAAGGAAAACAUGAUGACGCGCAUCAAACAGGAGAAAGCCAGCCGCACGUAUGAACUACAGAGUCAGCUGAGUGCGUGUUCCAAAGCCCUGGAGAGUUCAGAGGAGUUGCUGGAGCUGGCCAACCAGACGCUGUGCUCCUCUGAGACGGACGGUUUCACUCAGGCGGCCAAAGACAUUAAAGAUAGCGUGACAAUGGCUCCAGCCUUUCGCCUCUCCCUGAAGGCUAAAGCCAGUGACAACAUGAGUCACUUGAUGGUGGAUUUCAGCCAGGAGAGGGGGAUGUUACAGGGCCUCAAAUUUCUUCCAGUUCCUGCCACUCCAGAGAUCCAAGUCUCAGAGUGUCAGGUGUGCGACAACACCGUGACUGUAGUUUGGACCCUGCCAGAGCCCGACACCAAGAUAGACCACUACAUACUAGAGCAUCGGCGCACCAACCACGAGGGCCCGCCACGCAUUAGAGAAGACUACCCCUGGAUGGUGUUGGAGGGAAUACGAGAGAUGGAGCACACGCUCACAGGUUUGCGUUUUGACACCCGGUACAUGACGUUCAGAGUGAAAGCGUGUAACAAGGCCGUGGCAGGAGACUUCUCCGAGCCGGUUACCCUAGAAACCCAUGCCUUCACCUUCAAACUGGACUCCGGCUCGUCCCACCAGAACCUGAGGGUGGAGGACUUAAGUGUUGAGUGGGACAGCAGCGGAGGAAAAAUACAGGACAUCCGCAAGGAAAAGAACCGAACCAACUCCCCGAUGCACUCUCCAGCCAGGUCGGCCUUGAUGUCACCUAAGAGAGCACAGACAGCCCGACCUGGCAGAGACAGAUUUACAGCAGAGUCCUACACAGUUCUGGGUGACACCAUGAUCGACUCUGGCCAGCAGUACUGGGAGGUGCGGUUUGACAAAGAGAGCAAAGCCUUCGCUGUGGGUGUUGCCCUGCGGAGCCUUGGAAGAUUCGACCAGUUGGGAAAAAGCAGUGCCUCCUGGUGCAUCCACCUGAACAACUGGCUGCAGCAGAGCCUCACAGCCAAGCACAACAACAAGGCUCGGACACUGGACUGUCCCAUCCCAAACAGCAUAGGAGUCUACAUCAACUAUGACGAGGGUGUACUGUCUUUCCACAACGCCAAAACCAAGCAGUUGAUGCACACCUUCAAAACCAAGUUCCAGCAGCCAGUUUUGCCUGCUUUCAUGGUGUGGAACGGCAGUUUUUCAGUAGUGACGGGCCUGCAGGUUCCCAGCACGGUGCAAAGUGGCCAGAGGAAGAACAGCGGCACCAGCAGCUCCAACGCCAGCCUCACUUAGACCCAUCCACUCAGCCAGACGGACGCCUUCCAGCUCCGCUCGACCGCAGUUGCCCCUGCACAGCUUCACCUCUGGCUGUGGUCAAAGCCAUAUCAUGGAGGAGUUGCUUCACUGGAAGGUGAUGGGUCAGCCUGUUCCACAUGUAGUGUCAGUGUUGCUUGAUGGCAAAAAUGGUUUUGGGAACAAGCGAGUCAUCUCCGCCGUCAGUGACAGCAUUCUUCAGAAGUAUGACUCUGGCUGUUGUGAUUGCUUGGAACACAUUAGUUGUAGUCUUAUUUGUUUUCCUCUCUCUGCACAUUCUUUUUAGCACUGUCCCAUUGCUGCUAGAGCACUGAUUUAGCGCUGGCCGCUGCUCUUCCUUUCCAUCACCAAAACUGUUGUACUGUCAGUGCAGCCAGCUGCAGGCGCAGGGUCAUGGCCUGUCCUGUCUGCUCUCUCCCUGUGCCUUCCUGCUCAUUUCCAAACUGAUAGGCCAAAUUGGGUGAUCCGUAUCAACAUGCUAAUAUUUCACUGCAAGAAAUGGUCUCCCUAUUUCAAGUUAACGCAAUGUGUUGUGUCAGUGUCAAUAUAACUUAGCUUAGUGAUAAUUAUCACCUACUGAAUCUGCCUCUACCCAUCAACCAAUCACCCUAUGUAACCCAACAACAACUUACUCCUAACAACAAUGCUGAAUAGAAUGUAGUUCAUUACUCUGUCAGGUUUUAUUAAACUCUACUUUGCCAGCAGCUGCUAGAUCAUAAGAAAUGAACAGCACAUCGUAGAGAUGUUAUAUGUAUUUCUUGCCAAGGCAUGCAGACCUAACAGUGUUUACUGCAUUUCACUCUUUUUAGUCAGGUCCCACACUUGCUGAGGUUCUGUUAGUCUUAAAUUAGAGUCAGUGUUGGCUGUGGAGUUUAGUCUGACGGCCAGCCUCUGCGCAGAAAGUUAGAGGGGAAUUUUUAAUCAGUGCAACUCCGCGUCGAGGAGUCUUCAGAAAUCAUACUUCAGGGUUUUGGAAAUGACUGUAAUGUAUUCGUUCUGUUCACCUGACUGCACCCUAAUGCUUGUAUGUACAGUAUGUACGUGUGUAAUCCUAAUAACGACUCUUUAUCUGCUGAAGAGGAAUUUCAUUUACGAGUAGUGGGCUGUCUGUAGUCCAAGUAUAACAAAUAGCCCUCAAGUAGCCUCAGCUAACAAAUCUGAUGAGAGUUAACCAGGUUCGGGGUCCACCUGGGCGAGGAACAAAAGCGAUCGACUCUGGAAACUGUUAUAAAGUCCUUAUUUGUGCACCGCCCCAACCUCUGAGUAGAGUCUGUGUCAUAUGUUAGACAUGGUAACAGUCUUGCUUGGCCAUGUUGCUCCUUCUGUAUGCAUCUUCUGAAUAACUGUAGCCUGCAAUGCUUUAAAGAAGCGUCAAGCUGAGAAUUAUGUUUAACUUUAUUUCACAUGCUGACAUCCAAUUUACUGUAAAUAGUUUAAUUUUUCCACUAUAAUGUGUCAGUCAUUGAGGUAAUAAACGAGUGAGAGCAC